UUUCGUGACCUUUUGCCCCUAACCUCGACUGGGUUAGCUCUUCCAAUAUCUAUUCAUUGAGAACGUUCACAGCAACAAUUUAUUAGUUUAGCUUCGGGUUUCUGAUUACACGAAAAUCGAGGUACAAUGUUUUGUCUACGCUCCACGGCUUCUCAAUUGUCCAGACGGAUCAGACCUCGGACUUCGCGACUUUCCAACCUGGCUGAUAUCUGCGGAACUCGUCUCUACAGCUCUAAGUCCGAGCAGGUAGACCUCGAUGCGCUACUUGCUAAGCCAUCCUGGUCUGUCCGCUCUCUCCUUCCCGACCAGACCGCGAAACAAUCGUUGCCGUCAGUUACGCCGGCGCAACUCCACCACCUACUCCGCCUCUCAGCCCUUCCGCUGCCAUCUACCAAAAAGGAGGAAGCUAAGAUGCUUGAGACCCUUGAGUCUCAGAUCCAUUUCGUGAAAGAGAUACAGCGUGCCGACGUGACGGGUGUCGAGCCGCUGCAGAGCAUCCGGGACGAAAGCCCAGAGGCAUUGAAAGAGAAUACAGUUGGACUGGAUCAAUUGAAGGACGCUCUAGCCAAAGAACGAGUGGUCGGCCGCAACAAGAGGAUCCAACGCGUUGAGUCCGAGAGAAAUGAUCGCCCGGAUGGAGAUGCUUGGGACGGAAAUGCCCUUGGCUAUGCUUCCAAGACGAAGGGUAAAUUCUUCGUCGUGGAAACAGGUAACUAAAAGAUCCUCCAGUUGACGAUGAACCGCGGAUCUCUCUAUUCAUCCUUGGGAGUGCUGGUGAGCGAGGUAUCUGUCAGUGAAGGUGAAUGACAGUGCUACUCUGGGCAGCUGAGUCAGCAGUCCAGUGACUUCAUCGUCCUGAAGGCGUCAACG